UGGACAGGACGCCCAGGGAGGCCAUGAGUUCUCCUCCUGCCUCCGCCUCUAGAGACUGUAAGCCGUACUCUUCCCCUCCACAAACAGUUAAGCAGCUUCUGGAGCAGAAACGGCAACACAACCCAGGCCAGAUAUCUACAUCUCUGGUGAUAUAUCAGGAGGAUCCGGGGGCGGUCAGUGCACUUUCUUUCCUCCCCACUGGUUCCGGUCAUCAGAAGGAUGGUUCCAUUGUGUUCCAGAGAGCGGCCCCUCACUACACCUACCCUCCCCAGGAGGACAUGUACCCCCCCAGACCUGGUCACAUGUUCAGCCAUGAAGAAAGAUAUGAGUCUGGAAGGACUGAAUCUCGAGCUCAGGAUACAGACAUAGGGGUUGCAUCACCAGGUUCCUUCAUGGCCACCUUUACCCAUAAUCCAUCUUGGAUGGGGCACAGUUCAGUGACAUGUUCUACCUCCGGCAGGGACACCUUUCUGAGGAUACCAGGACCGGUGGUUCCAGAUCUGAUGCCUCUAGAGUUGGAAGAAGCCAGAAGGCAAGUGCAGGGUCUUAGUCCUGAACAACUUCUGCAUCGGGACGAGGAUGGAGACACAGUCCUUCACCUCUACGCAGCAAGAGGCCUGCGCUGUCAGUCGUACGCCGUGGCCGAACGGUUCUCACAAUACGGUCAGCUGGACGCCAAGGAACAUUAUGGGAAGUCUCCUCUCCUGGUGGCCGUGACGGCCAAUCAACCCGAGAUCGUCUAUGACCUCCUGACCCUGGGGGCAGAUGCCAAUGCUUCAGACUGGAAAGGACAGACCGCUCUCCAUGUUGCGGGGACCUACGGCCUUUCAGACGUCCUCAGGGUGUACCGGACUCUACAACAUCAGAAGAACAUUGACCUGGAGGCCAGAAAUUAUGAAGGUCUGACUCCUCUACACUGCGCUGUAAUCUCACAGAACAACGCGUUCACAACCAAAAAGAGCCAGAACACCCCAAAUACUCAGCAACGUGAGCGGGAAACCUUCAUGUGCGUCCAACUUCUGCUACAGAUGGGGGCCAGCUGCACAAGUCAGGAGAUCAAGAGUAACAAGACUGUGCUCCACCUGGCAGUGCAGGCUGGGAACGUCCCUCUGGUCAAAUACUUCCUGGAGACGUCCCACACCAAUCUCCCCGGAGUCAUCAAUAUGAAGGCCCAUGGUAAUACGGCUUUGCACAUGGCGGCUGCUUUACCACCUACCCGCUCUACAGAGUAUCUGAUCCAGCUCCUGCUCUUCUAUGGGGGAGACCCCAGCACCCGCAACCUGGAGAACGAGCAGCCGGCCCACCUGGUGCCCCCUGGAGAAUUUUCAGAACAAAUUAAAAUGCUGUUAAAGAGAAGACGUGUGAUGUCAUCAGCCCGCAACCAAUCCGCAACUUCCUCAUAGGAAACAACAGAUCAGGACUACUUUUUCUAGUCCCAAAGUCCAAGAUUCUUUCAUCGAAAAGUAUCGCAACACAGAGUCCGGGAACCAAGGUUUCUCCUCAUAGGGGAUAUUUAUGAUUAAUAGGGAGAAGUCACUGACCCUCUGUGUGUGAACAGUGAGCAAACAUAGUUUCUGUGAAACUGAACCAAAGUUUAAUAAUAAUCAUAUAUGACAGACUAAUAACCGUAUA